AAUAAAUAAAUGUUCCUAUGUUUAUGUUUUUUCUCCCUCCUUUGAAUACAAACACAAAUACUAUACUACAAUACUAGAAUUUGUUUAACAUAACAGAAACAGCAUUUUAUUUAUAUAAGCUACAGAGAACAUUCUCUUAUCUAUCUUUCUCAAACAUUGUUUUGUGAAUUUUGAACAAAGAAAAAACAGUGUUUGUGUGUGUUUUAGAAGAAGAAUAAGGUUUUUUUUGAUGUCUGUGCCAGUGGAACAAGGUUAUGGAGAGGUUCCUUCAAUGGAAACCAAAGAGAGAAGCAUUGGUUUGAACCUCAAAGCUACUGAACUAAGGUUAGGGUUACCAGGCUCUGAGUCACCAGAGAGAGAAAAUGGUGGUGUGCUUAAGAGUUUGGUAUCUGGUGCUAAAAGGGGUUUCUCUGAUGCUAUUACUGAUGGUGGUUCUGGGAAGUGGGUUUUGUCUGGAAAUGGUGGAUCUGAAGUGGGGUUGUGUAAAGAUGGAAACUUGUUCUCUCCUAAAGCUAAAGGUGUUGGUGAAUGUAAUAACCAACAAAACCCUUUCUCUGCUUCAGUUGUUGUUAAAGAAACUGUUACACACUCUCCAAAGCCUUUGCAUGAUAACAAACCACAGGUUUCUCCUCCUUCUUCAAAGGCGCAAGUUGUGGGAUGGCCUCCAAUCCGAUCUUUCAGGAAGAACUCAAUGGUUUCACAGCCUCAAAAGAAUGAUGCUGAUGCAGAAGCCAAGUCUGAAUGCCUAUAUGUAAAAGUCAGCAUGGAAGGUGCUCCAUACUUGAGGAAAGUGGAUCUGAAUGGUUUUAGCUCUUAUAGGGAGCUUUCUUCAGCACUCGAAAAGAUGUUCAGUUGUUUUACAAUCAGUCAAUGUGGCUCAUAUGGAGUUUCUUGUCGAGAAAAAAAUCUAAGUGAAAGUAGAUUGGUGGAUCUCCUUCAUGGUUCAGAAUAUGUGCUUACCUAUGAAGACAAGGAUGGUGAUUGGAUGCUAGUUGGUGAUGUUCCAUGGGAGAUGUUCACUGAGUCUUGCAAGAGGUUGAGGAUAAUGAAGAGUUCUGAAGCAAUUGGGCUAGCACCUCGAGCCAUGGAGAAGUGUAAAAGUCGCAACUAGUGCGAUGCAAUGUGCCAGUUGUAUACUGAUCCGUAAAGAUCGAAGAUCACAUCUACUUAGCAUAAAAUACCUUCUUGCUUGCUUAUGUAUGUAUUAAGUCUAUCAUGUAUACAAGAAUGGAGCCUCAUACUCCUAAACUUUAUAGUAGGCCAAAUAUAUUGAUGACAAUAUAUUAGGCAUGGUGUAGACGACUACAAGUCAUUUUGGUGUAGACGUUUCAAGGCUUCUUAGGUUGUUCACUUUAAUCAUAAUCGUUAUUAAGGCUGCCAUUAGUAUAUAAAUUUUGUAUUUCUCUUAACUUGUCACCCUAUCUCUUCAAGUUAAUGUAAGUGAGCUUUUUGUUUGUCAUAGAAA